AUGAAAUUGUUAUUUUAUUUAUUGAUCAUUAUUCAAUGUAUCUAUGCAAUACAAAAUAAUAAUCAAAAUAAAGAAAAAUUUAACAAAAAUAUUAAUUAUCUAUUACAAUCUAAUAAUGAAAAAAUAUUAAAAAAACAAAAUAAUCCAUAUCAAAAAAUUAAUCAUAAUUCUGAAAGAUUAAAAAGAAAUUUCUUAAUUGAUAUACAUUCAUAUAAUACAUUGUGUCAAUCUGGUUCACAAUCAUUUCAAUGUACUCCACCAUUUAAAGAUAUAUCACGUGGAGUAUCUGUUUAUGCAACUUCUACAUGUGGAGAAAAACAACCACAACAUUUAUGUCGAUCAAAUACAAAUUGUCAAUUAUGUAGUAUGAAUUCUACUGAAUGGAAAUUUUCAUCAGAAUAUUUAACGGAUCGUCAUGAUAUUGAAAAUCAAACAUGUUGGGCAUCAGGAUAUAUUCGACCAGGUGAAAUUGUUAAUCUUACUAUAUCUUUGGGAAAACGUUUUGAAGUAUAUUAUAUAUCUUUACAACCAUGUAGUUUAGGUAGUAUACCAGAUUCAAUAGCAAUUUAUAAAUCAUCUGAUUUUGGUCGUACAUGGCGUCCUUGGCAUUAUUUUUCAACGGAUUGUUAUCGAGCUUUUGGAUUACCUACAUCAAAUGAACAUAAUAGUCAUAUAACAUCUGCUAAUUUACAAGAGGUAUUAUGUGUUGCUUUACAACCACGUGAAAGUUAUUACAAUCAUCAAGGUAGAAGAAUUCGUUCAAUGAACAGUUAUAUUUUCAAUAAACCAAAUAUUACUAGAAAUUUCGGAGGUAUAGGUGUGCCUUCAGAUUGGGUUAUUGCAUUUAGCACAACACUUGGUCGACCAGCAACACGUCCAUGGAGUCCAGCAUUGAUUGAUUGGAUGACUAUGACUGAUGUUCGUAUAAGCCUAAUGAGUUUUCAUCAGUCUAACGAACCAGAAUAUCGUAUUAAAAGAAAUGCAUAUCGAAGUCAUCUAUCUGAUCACUCUAAAUUAACACAGAAUUCACAAACUAUAAACAAACCACCCUUAUUUCAAUCAAAUUACUUUUAUGAUAAUUUUAAUAAGUAUCAAUUCAAACGAACACGAAAUUCAAGAGAUGGUCAAACCGUUACGGAAUUACCCCAAAAAGUAAUCAAUCAUACUAAUAAGAUAGAUAGCCAAACUGAUUUGAACAUCAAUGCAACUAUAAACCCUGAGAUUUUAACUGAAAUAGACUUUUAUGCAUUUGCUGAUAUAGCCAUUGGUGGACGUUGUAAAUGUAAUGGACAUGCAAGUGAAUGCAUAUUGGGAUCAAAUGGUAAACUAAUUUGUGCAUGUGAACAUCAUACAUCUGGUGAAGAUUGUGAAUAUUGUAAACCUGGUUAUAUGGAUAGACCAUGGGACAGAGCUACAACUCAAGAUGCAAAUGUCUGUAAAAAGUGUGACUGUAAUCUUCAUUCAAAUGAAUGCCGAUUUUCAAAUUCACUUUAUUUAUUAUCUAAUCGUGUAAGUGGUGGUGUUUGUGAAAAUUGUCAACAUAAUACAGUUGGUCGUAAUUGUCAUCAAUGUGCUGAAGGUUAUUAUCGAGAUUGGACUAAACCAAUCAGUCAUGAAAAUGUUUGUUUACCUUGUCGAUGUCAUCCAAUUGGAUCUAUUGUCCGUCAUGAUUGUGACAGAAGAAGUGGACAGUGUCGAUGUAAACAAGGUGUAGCUGGUUUAACCUGUGAUCGUUGUCAAGAUGGCUAUCAUCAAACGCGUUCUCCGCUUAAUCCUUGUACGAAAGAUUUCACAUCUCGAGCAGUAGCUUUAGCUCAUACACCAGUAUCCUCAAAUAUAUUCAGAUUUUUGUUUACUAUAGAAAAGUAAUAAGCCAUCUCGUGAACUGAAAGCUAAGUAUACUACAGAUUCUUGGUAACCAUAUCAGCUAACAAAUAUUAUAGUUAAUUAUCAAGAAAAACAAAUUGUUUCCCGUUCAUUUAUUCAAAGAUAUUAUUGGUUAACAAGUUCGUUUACAAUUAUGAUAUAAUUAUACCCUAUUUUUCAUAGGCUAUUAAAAGGAACCAGUUUACAGACCAAGUUGAUGUGAAACGGCUUUAUCAACAGCCCCUUAGUUAUUAACGUAACUGAGGGAAGCUUGACAA